AUGCGCCAGCCCCCCGGCCCGGUGCAAAGGUACGGCACUGCAAACGAGCCGCUGCCAUCGCCGGCCUCGAGUGAGGGUGCUAGUGGAGGGAAGGACGCAAACACGGCGGCGGCGGAGAAGGACGCUGGAGUUGCUGCUGCUGCUGCUGGAGCUGUCGCCGGCGCUGCGUCAAAGACAUCUUCGGCUUCGUCGUCGUCGUCGCCGCCGCCACCGCCGCCGUCGCAACAGCAGGACCCGCCGCAACAUCAAGGCGCCGCUCAGGAUGCGAACGCCCCGCCUAGGGCCGCCUCGCCUACUAUCUUCGAGACGACUUCGCAUGGUGAGGCGCCUAACGAGCCUCCCAAGCCGGCGCCAGUAGCAGCCAACGGUGGCAGCGAGACCGAGUCGAAUCCGCUGGAGGCGGUGCUGCGCAUGCCGCCACCGACGUCGCGGCCGGUGCACCUGACGACGCCGCGCUACAUACACUUCUUCGACACAUGGUCGCUAGUCAAGCAGCUGACGGCGUCGGGCUUCACCGAGGAGCAGAGCGUGUCGUUGAUGAAGGCGAUCCGCGCGCAGCUCAAUGACAAUGUCGAACUCGCGCGCGCCGGCCUGGUGGGCAAGUCGGAUGUGGAGAACGAGACGUACCUGUUCCGCGCGGCGUGCUCGGAGCUGCGCACUGAGGUAGGGAAUAACAGGAAGGCGGAGAACGAGAGGAUGAGUACCCAGCGAAACCAAUUGCAGCACGAGGUGGACAUCUUGGGGCAGAGGCUGGGCCAGGAUACGAGUCAUCUGAGGGAGGAGGUCAAGGGCAUGUUUGACGACAGGAAGAUGGCCGUUAGGAUGGAGCAGAAGACGAUGGAGAGCAAGAUCCAAGAGCUGAACUACAAGAUCACCGUCGCGCUGAAUUCUGACGCGCGUUCUGAGGUGGAAGGUCUCCGUUGGAUCAUCACGCGCCGCGCUGUCACUGCUCUUGUCGUUGUCGCCGUCGCGAUUCUCGCGACUUUGCGUUUCUCAUCAUACAUGACGCAUACUCAGGCGCUGGAAAGAAAGAAUAUGACUAAGCCCGCUGCAGCAGACAAGAAGCAGGAAGAAGCGCAGGAUAACAAGGCAACUACAAGCAGUUCAGGUGCCUCCCCAGUCCAUGCAAGUGGUGGGGUGGAUGCAAGCAUGGGGGCCUGGGCUGACAGUCCGGUGGCCAAGGCUUUGGGAGAACGGGGUGCUGGGGAUGGAGUCAUGAUCAGUGAGGGAGGGGUGAGCUUGGGUUGA